AUGGCAAGCUUCAAGGUCUUAGGGUUUGCUUUCAUUGCUUUGUUCAUUCUCGACCUUGCAGUUGCUGCCAGGGCCCCAGAAAGGGCUCCAACCAGAAAAGGUGGCGAAGGAGGUGGGGGUGGCGGAGGAGGAGGAGGAGGGGGUGGCGGUGUAAAGGGUGGUUCUGGGUCUGGGUCAGGGGCUGGCUACGGGACUGGUGGCGGUAAGAAGGGUGGUGGAGGAGGUGGUGGUGGUGGAGGUGGAGGAGGUGGUGGAAGUGGAGGAUCCGGUGAAGGAAGUGGUUCGGGUGUAGGAGGUGGAAGUGGAAGCGGAGGACGAGGUGGUGGUGGUGGAGGAGGUGGUGGUGGAGGUGGCGGAGGAGGUAGUAAUGGAGGUUCUGGGUACGGGUCUGGAGGUGGGUCAGGUUGGGGUUCAGGUGGAGGAGGAAAUCAUCAUAAGUUCCAUUAA